CAGCGACGCCAAGGUGCGGCGGGCUGGCCAUGUUGUGAAUGAGCGGACGGGGUGACGUCAGCGGACUACUGUCAACAAUGUAGGCGUUCCAGUCAAGUGUAACAAACAGCAGCACGCCGUGCAACGGUCGCCUCACACGGAAUCGUAGCAGCAACACACACCGCACAAUCACGGACGUGUUGUUCUAACCCGGAGGAGAAGAAGUCAGCCGGGCGACGGGAGGAUAAAGCGAUCACCAUGUGAAAGAACUUAUGCGCUGGAUCGAGCGAGAAAGCAGCAAAAGGGCGUGAGCGGAAUGUCCGCGGAUGAGAAGCCUGAAGCCCCCAUGUAUGUGUAUGAGUCGACGGUUCAUUGUACCAAUAUCCUCCUCUGCCUCAACGACCAGCGGAAGCAGGAUAUCCUGUGCGAUGUGACUGUCCUGGUGCAAGGCAAGGAGUUUCGCGGGCACCGGGCUGUGUUGGCCGCCUGCAGCGAGUAUUUCCUGCAGGUGUUGGGAGGCCAGACGGAGAAUGGCUUGGUGCUCAGCCUUCCUGAAGAGGUCACCGCUGAAGGAUUCGCCCCAUUGUUGCAGUUUGCCUACACUGCUAAACUGUUACUCAGCAGAGAAAACAUUCAGGAGGUCAUCCGCUGUGCCGAAUUCCUGCGCAUGCACAACCUAGAGGACUCAUGCUUUCGUUUCCUCGAAGCUCAGCUGCGUAGCGAGGAGGACACCUUGCUGCGCUGCCACAAGGGAGCCGCUGAUGCUAUCAACUCAGAGGAUGAGAGCAUGCAGUCAGAGGUGGAAAGACCCUCCUCCCCAAGGCUGCAAGGAUGUGCCGAUGAUCUCUCCUCAUUUCAACACCCGGGCGAUAAUCGUCCAGCGGUGACGAUACCUAGUAGCUUGACAGAUGGCCGGUUGGACUUUGAUCGACACAGAGGAUCAGACCUGCCACGAUGUCCAAAGUACAGGAAGUACCAGUGGGCUAGCAACAAGCACAAUAAUGAUUUCUCCUCACACAGUGGUACCUCAGGUUUUCCAAGCACAAUAAAAGAGAGCAGCAUUAGUGGAGGAGCGAGCAGUCAGGACAGGCUGACUUUGGCGCAGAUCAAAGUUGAACCACAGGUAGAGGAUGAGGCCGUCUCAUUGUGCCUGUCGGGCGAUGAGCAGGACUUCAGGGAUAAGGAUAGUGUGACGGCCAUGGAGAUGGAUAACCCCAGGUCUAUGGAAAGAAUCAAGAGAACCAAGUCCCCUUCCUGCCUCAAAGCCUUCUUCAAAAAAGGAGUGGACCUCCCCAACCUGCCCAACACAUCACAGCAGCUUUUUGCCAACAUCCUUGGCUGCCCCCAGGACAAAGUUAACUCUCAGGGAGAACACAAACAAGACUUUAGAGCUUUUACAGGGAAGCUGGGUUUAUCUUUAAUAUCCCCAAACGAGAAGGACAGUUUCCCUGCAAGUAUGUCCCUGAAGUCAUCUUCCUGUGAUGAAAUCUGCAAACAGGAAGUUGAGCUGGAUCGCCGAAGUGUCAUAUUUUCUUCAGGAGCCUGCAAUCGCAUCGGAACCCCGGCCCAUUCCUACCCUGGUGGGAAUUCUUUGGAGAUGGAGCUCUCUGAGCACAUGCCAAAGGGAAUGUGGCCUGGUGCCAGCCAGUCCCUCCCCACCUGCCAGGCCUAUUGCCCCAGUACCACCUCCACUGAUCCCCAACUACCGUGCCGCCCACGGCCCAACACCAGCUGCCCAGUUCCAAUAAAAGUGUGCCCACGCUCACCACCUUGUGAGACACGCACCAGGACUUCCAGCUCCUGUUCCUCAUACUCGUAUGCCGAGGAUGGAAGUGGCGGUUCUCCCUGCAGCCUGCCUCAAUUUGAGUUUUCUUCCUCCCCUUGCUCAAACAUGGCUCGGUGUCUCAAUGUGGAUCAACAGGAGCAAAGUGGAGGGGAUGCCCUUUUUAACCAGGGGCAGCCCAAGAUCAAAUGUGAGCAGUCUUACGGCACCAAUUCAAGCGACGAGUCGGGUUCUUUUUCAGAGGGAGACAGCGAGUCCUGUGCGGUACAAGAACAUGGUCAAGAGGUGAAACUCCCAUUUCCUGUUGAUCAAAUCACAAAUCUGCCACGGAAUGACUUCCAAAUGUUGGUGAAAAUGCACAAAUUGACCUCAGAGCAGCUGGAGUUCGUCCACGACGUGAGGCGAAGAAGCAAGAACCGCAUCGCUGCGCAACGCUGCCGCAAGAGAAAGCUGGACUGCAUCUUGAACCUGGAGUGUGAGAUCCGGAAACUGGUGUGUGAAAAGGAAAAGCUUCUCACGGAGAGGAACCAGCUGAAGGCUUGCAUGGGAGAGCUAUGGGAGAAUUUCUCAUGUCUGUCACAGGAGGUGUCCAAGGAUGUCCAGGUGAGCCCAGAGCAGGUUCAGUCGUUGCACCACUACUGUCCGGUUCUACGGCCCACCAACUCCACUGCCAGCAACAAUGCUGCCUUUGACCCCAAGCCUUCUACCAGAACCAACACCUCCAGCAUUGACCUCACUGCCCAGUCGGACUCCCCUGAGCCCAGCUUCCACGGUUCUCCCGGGCCUUUGGACGGGGAGUCCGGCUCAGCGGUCAGAAACGGGGCAGACAACGAUAUGAACAGCCAAGACCCCGGUGGCGUCUUGUACACGGAAAAAUCCAACCAGACGGUGACGGUUGAUUUUUGUCAGGAAAUGACGGAAAAAUGUACAACCGAUGAGCAGCCACGGAAGGACUCGACAAAGUAGUUUGUGUGUGUUUUUUUUUUUAACUUAUUGAAUGAUACUCCUCUGACAAACCCUGUUUCUCAGGGUGGCUGCGAUGGCCAGCUUCUGCCAGUUCUCACUGAAAAACGACAUUUGUAAGUAUUUAUGUUUUUCUUCUUGUCGAAAGGAGACUCUGUCUUAACAGCAGCAAUACUGUUCUCAAGGUGUUCUACUCUCACCACACGUGGGGAGCUUCUCACCAAAUCCUUAACAAUGGUGCUACACGCCCCAGCAGCAUCUUCUAUGGCCACAAACACAUCGAACCUCAUCCUUUUUCUUUCAGCAGCAUCGCAGCCUUCUCUCUUUUGCAAAGCUCCCAUUCCUUCUCCAUCGGUCUUCUCUACCUCUACCUGAUGCUUCUUCUCUCGCUUUCUGCUCCUAUAGUGAGGCUUUUCAUCCACAGCUACUCCAAACUCAGGAAAAAGAAUCCUCUGAAUGUUCAACGUACUUCAUGAAGAAUGACAACACGGCUUUUGUACGCAAGGAGGUUAGACAUUAGUAAAACAUGUUUAUAUGCAAAAAAAAAAUGUGUCUGGUGUUUGUAUUUCUGUACAGGCUGUAAACAUGACAUUCCCUUUUGCCUACCUGAGCACCGUAUGGAAGGUAAAAAAACAGAUGAUUGGUGGCAGUGACAUAUUUAGUCCCUCUAACCAGCAAUACAUUGUAUUUGAUUGUUGUACACAAUGUAUAUACUGUGCAGCUUCAUGGACCGAUGACUGGCAGGUGCAGCCUUACGUGUUCUUCACCAAGCAUACGGAAGAAAAUCCUCAUUUCGCCAUCUCAUGUAGUGAGCUCUCCCCCCCGCCCCGCCACCUCCCCCCACCCCCAUCAUGGAGCGUGUUCUUAAUUCUCAGGAAAAAUCAUCUUGACAGACAUGUUCGCAUGCAACCAGUUGGCACAGACGUUAAAACCUAAGCUCAACCUAGAGUAUGUAGAAAUGUCCUUUUCAACCUCACGUGCUCCAAAUACCCCAGCACCGGGCAACAACGGGGCUCUGGCUGUAUCGUAAUAUCCAUAAUAAUUGAUUGUCAUUCUCACUGUACCCAUGUUACACAUUUACGUAACCCAACGAAUGUCAGCUAGCUCAGCAAAAGCGACAAUAGCAAAAUUCAAAACCACAAGCACUUAAAAAAAAACAAGCAAACGCUCAAAGACCAACAUAAUACGUGAUUACAGUCGUCCCUCGCUUCAAAAAAGUUAUUAAUUCAUAAAUGAUCGCCGUUUCGUGGUUGACUAUGGUCUGUUAUUAGUCAACAAAUAUUGAAAGUCAAGUUACAUGUACAGUGUUCUGGUGACUAGGCGCCAGUAAUGUUAUGAGACAUUACUGAAUUAGAUUACAUUACCUUUCACACUGCAUGGAUGCUGGCCACCGAGUAGAGCCGAGCCCACAUGCCGUGGCUUAGAUGGCCAUGCCUUGGCUGAUAUCGAGUGGAAAAAAGGUUCUCCUCUCAUUCCGUGGUAAGUUUUUGGCUGCUUUGUCCUUCUUACCCACUCCGCUUGAAACACAAGUUUAGAAUAAGUCAAUUGGAGAGGCUAACUAGUUAGCCCGUUAGCUUGCUAUGCUAGCAGCGGCUAGUCCCUGCAGUGAACUUCUAGCCCAGGGGUCACCAACGUUUUUUCUUGCGAGAACCGCUUUUAGAAAAUGAAAAUGGCCACGAGCUCCUCAUUUUUGUAGAAAUGAUUUUCAUACCUAAUUUCAACCCAAACAAAUCAAAUAUGCUUGUUUUACCAAAUCAUUCACAAAAUGCUAGUAUCCACAACUCACAUUUUAUGUUUCAGAAUACUUUUCUUUCUAGUGUUCUCACAUUAUUAACUGAAAGCCUGAAUGAAAAGCAGGCCUGCGGGCGCCUCAUGUGGUCGUGGGGGGCUACCUGGUGCUCGCGGGCACCACGUUGGUGACCCCUGUAAUCUAGCCUGUGCAAUUUGAUGUAAACAAUGAAUAGUAGGAAUGUAAAAGUGAAAACGGUGUUAUUUCAUGUCUCCAGGGCUCUAAUAACGUUAAAACCCGUAUUUAGAAAAUCAUAAACAGUUUUUGAAGCUCUAACUAUGACAUUAUUCCUACUUUGCGGAAAUUCACUCAUCAUGGUCAGGUCUGCAACCAAUUAACCGCAAUAAACGAGGGACGACUGUAAUUCCAUAAAAUCACAGCAUUUACAACACAAACGUCACCUAGCUUGAAGCUAACGCUAGCCACUCCGAACUGACUGGCCAGGAAGACAAAACAAUGCAAAAAUGAGCGUUACACAACAUCCUGGGAUGAAAUCUCCCUGUCGCUUCUUGCAGGUGCACUGAUUGGCCCAAUUGAAAUGUGGAGGCGGGGUCUCGUUUGUAUCGGUUAUAAGCUAUCCAUCGACAUGUCACUCAUUCAGAUCAAGUCAACUCUUCACCUUUGGCUCCGUCUUUAACGCAAAAACGGUUUUGUUUUUCGAUGGAUUUUAUACUUCUCAGUAUUUGAAGAAACUGUUUGUAUAUUUUGUUUGUGGUUCCAGAUACUUUUAUUAUUUCACAUGUACCCUGAAUGUAGAAAAUACAGUGGAACCUCGGUUAGCGUCCGUCACGGUUAGCGUGUUUUUCAGUUAACAUCGCUAAUGUGUGCCACAAUUUUGCCACGGUUUGCGUGCAUUCUCCGGUUAGCGUACAAUAUGGCGCUCGUCUUGUUGUGUUGCUAAUACACUGCAUGAGUCUUAUUUUUAAUCACAAAAUGUCCUUCCUUGUUAGCAUCCUAUUAGCUAGCUAAACAAAAUGGCAACUGGAAGCGGAAGUUACGUCGCCCGUCUGUGAUGUAAUCAGUGAUUGACUCAAAAAUGUUAACACGAAACAUGUUUUUAUAGAUUUACAAUUAUAGUUUCACAUGCAGAAAUGCAUAUAAAUGAUGAAGGAAAGGAAUAAAUGAACAUUUAAGGUUACCUUUACCUUCAUUGAAGACACGACUGUUCCCAAAGACACGAUGUAGCAGCGAGAUCAACCACCAUCACCUUCCUGUUUUCAGUUUCAGCUGCUUCCUGCAUGUAAAACCAUCAUUGUAAAACUACAAAAACAUGUUUUGUGUUACAUUUUUGACUUCCUGGAUGGGAGAUUAAUUUGAUUUGCCUAUAUUUCUUUUGGGAAAAAUGUAUUCAGUUAACGUAUGUUUCAGAUAGAGUCAGACACUCUGGUGCGAAUUAAUGACGCUAACCAAGGUUCCAUUGUACACGAGUAUUCGGGACAUUUUGAAAAGAUAAAAGAAUACUCCCAAGAAUAAUGUUGAAGCAUUAUGAGAAUAAAGUCAUACAUAUUUUCCUGGAAAGAGUUGGAAUAUGAACGCAUACGAAGCCACAGACAUUCCAUGUCAAAUGAUGGUGGAUAUGACGCACGCAAGUACAUUAGUGAUGAACGCAAAGAUGUAUGACGUUACAUGUAUGUUACAUUCUUCAUGAUAAAUGGAUUCUUAACUUGAUACUUUUAUGUAGUACAAAAGUACAGUGGAACCUUGGUUAGCGUACGCCCCAGUCGGCAUGUUUUUUGGCGAACGGCGAAAAUGUUGCCUUGUUUUGCGUACAUUUACCCGGUUAACGUACAAUAUGGCGUGCGUCUUGUCCUGUUAUCAAUACACUGCGUGAGUGCAACUGUGUUCUUAGUGUGUUUGACAGGGAUGAGCCGGAUAAUGCAUUUGUGCCGAGUACGAGCAUGAAACGCGUACACUACAUUACGAGUCCAUUAUCCGUAAUCGCGAUGAAGGAAAAUCCUCAUCGGGUAACUACUUAUGUAUUCACUCUUCGCGCAACUGUGAUUGGCCAGUCACAGCGACCACCCCUCCCCUCUAGACAGGCUCCCUACAGCCAGAGAGAGGAGCCACGCCUCUCACUCUUUCAGACACAAUACAGACAGUGACUCGCUGCUUGCUUGGCUCGACUCCAUCUCAUGUUCUCCAUUUCGCUGUAUUUCGGCUUGUAUAGUUAAGUUAGUUGGUAAACUUGUUUCGUUACGUGCGCGGUGCAUUUGACAAGACAUAGCUGUAAAACAGCUUGUGUUGCGUCGGUCACUGCCAGUCGUUUUUUGGGGUUUUUUACGUCUACUUGCUUCUAAUUUGGCCGGUGAUACAGAAUAUAAAUACAGAUCACGGUGUACUCACUCAUCCCUAGUAUUUGAUACCAAAACGUCCAUGUUAGCAUCCUAUUAGCUUGCUAAUACAUGGAAACAGGAAGCGGAAGUCACCUCCGUCGCCCAUCUAUGAUGUCAUCAGCGGGUGACUGUCGUUCUUUGCUAACUAACAUGUUAAAAACAGACAAACACCUUUUUAUAGUUUUACAAUUCUAGUUUUACAUGCAGAAAACAAUUCUAAAUGCAUAUAAAUGAUGAAUGAAAAGGAUAAAUGAACAUUUAAGGUUACCUUUACCUUCAAUGAAGGCGUGAUUGUUGCCAAAGACACGAUGUGGCAGCGAGAUCAACCUUGUUGUUUUGCUAUGAGUUAUCUUAUGAAUUCAGUCGUGUUUGCCACCUUCUUUCUCAAAAUGCGGCCACUUACAACUUACACUGGCUCCAUUUUGGCUUAUUUUGUAGCCGUGAUCAAAAGAAAAGCAGAGACUUGAAAUGAGAAACACUAGUGAAUUCAAGAACUACAGUUACUCAGUAGCAAAACACGAGGGUGGUGUCCGUGUUGAUCUUGUUGUCACAUCACGUCUUUGGCAACAAUCACAUCUUCAAUGAAUGUAAAAGUAACCUUAAAUGUUCAUUUAGCCCUUUCAUUCGUUAUUUAUGCGCAUUUGGAAUUGUUUUAUGCAUGUAAAACUAUAAAAAUGUGUUUUGUGUGAACAUUUGUGAGACUUGUGUGAGCAAAAAACAACAGUCAACCGCUAAUGACAUCACAGACAGACAAUGACUCCGACUUCCGCUUCCUGUUUCCAUGUUUUAGCAAGCUAAUAGGAUAAUAGGACGUUUUGGGAUAAAAAUACAUGAAGGACACAGUUGCAUUCACUCAGUGUUUUAAUAACAUGAGCGGACACGCCCCCAUAUUGUACGCUAACCGGAUAAUGUACGCAAACCGAGGCAACAUUGUUGACGUUAACCCCAAAACAUGCUAACUGGGGCAUAUGCUAACUGAGGUUCCAGUGUAUGUCUUACAUUCGUAAAUGUAACUUGGGACUUUUUUGUGUAGUGCAAAUGUACCACUGAAAGCGUAACAUUUAUUGAGUGUCUUAUUAGCACUUUUGCUAUUGUGACAAAUAUGUCACAUCAGGCUUUCCAUAGCAAUUUGAAGGCUAAAAGCCCGAUAUUUUCAUACUUUCCUAGCUUCUUUUCUACGAAUUCACUGGAAACAUAUAGUCAGACGAGUUGAGUUGUCACAUUUGACGCCCUUUUAAAGCAUUACGUAGCGUUACAUGGAUUUAAAAAGAGCUUUCAUGGUAAAAAAAUGGAAAUGAGCUAGCUUACCUGACACGUUGGGCGGAUGAUGAGUUCAAGCACAAAGUUGUAUUGAACACUUCGGAACACUUUUCAAGUGUCACCAUGGCUUCUUCUGGGUUAAGCCUAUAAAGUUGUAAUGAUAAUAUAGCAAAGGCCAAAGUAUGAACACAAAGUAGCCAUUGGUGGCGGCAUGGUUAGCACGUCUGCCUCAUAGCGAGGAGGUCGUGGGUGUGAAAUCCCACAUAUUCUCCCGGAGCUUUUUUCCCCUCAUAAUUGUAUUUUUUUUUGUCCUUUUCUAACACUCUGAUGAAUGAAAUAUACACCCAGCGACAAAACAAGAAUGAAUUGAGGCACUUAUUCCCCAAAGCACUAAAAGUAAGGUAGCACUUCAUCGUCGUCUCUUAUUCUGAAAGUCUAAAAGACUGGCGCUUUUAAAUUGGAAAGCACCUGUAGAUACAGUCAAAUGAUGCCAACACUUAGUGAGGAAUCCAAUAAGUGGCAUGACAUUUGGACAUAAGAAGGUGUGUACAGUAUGUUGUCAUGGUUAAGAGUAAUAAAAAGUAACGUGCAUUUGUUUGAGCAUCCUAUUUUCAUAUGCAUGCAUCCUACUCAUUGCUUUAAGGCAGGGGUGUCCAAACUUUUUCCAGCGAGGGCCACAUCGUGAAAGGAUGCAAGGGCCACUUUGAUAUUUUGUAAAGCAGCCCAUGUGCGUAGAUAUGCUAAGAAGUUAGAUAUAUUUUGUUUGUAUAUUUUUUAAAGCCUAUUAUUAGUGUCAACUUCCCUCUUUGCGCUUUUUUCCCCCAUUUUUGCUGUUGUAUUUAUUUUAUUUUGCAAAUAUUUCUUCACAAAUUUACCUCUCGGAAUAUUAUCACUUUAUUCCCAUGAUAUUAUAAGUUUUUCCUAAAAUGACAACUGGAUUUUGUUUUGUUGGUUUCUCAUAAUAUUUUGACUUUAAGGGGGAAAAAAACGUAUUUUUUCUUUAAUAUUUCAACUCCAUGCUGCUAAAAAUGACUGAAAAAUGAAUUAUUUUUUCCUCAUAAUAUUAUGCGUUUAUUCUCACAAAAUUGCAACUUUUUUCUCUUACUAUUUUGACUUUAUUCUUGUCAAAUUACAGCUGUUUUUUUUUUAAAUUUUCCAACUCCAGUAAAUGUUCUUCUUAUAUUAUGACUUUAUUUCCAUAAUAUUUUUUGCCUCUGUUACCUUAACAUUGUAAUUUUUCCGCAACCUAAUUUUCCAAAGUUGACAACUUUUUUUUGUUUUGUUUCUCAUAAGAUUACGACUUUCUUUAAUAUUUCAACUCUAUGCUACUAAAAUUACGAUAUUACGAGUUUAUUCUCGUAAAAUUGCCGCAUUUUUUUCCUAAUAUUUUGACUUUAUUCUUCGAAAAUGACAUUUCUGCUGUUUCUCUUCUCGUAAUUAUGACUUUAUUCCCAUAAUAUUUUUUCUUUAUUCUUGCUUUUUUCCCCUGACCUCAUUUUCCAAAAAUCACAAGUUUGUCUUGUUUGUUUCUCAUAAUAUUACAACUUAAAAAAAAACGAACGUCUUUUUUCUUUACCAUUUCAACUUCAUGCUCCUAAAAUGAGAAUAUAAAAACAAUAAUCCUAAAAUCCCCAUCAUAUCGUCAUAACACAAUACUGUAUCAUAUUGUUGCUGGGGUUUUCUUGUUAAACUAUAUUUUUAGAAUGUGCUGCUGGCCAGUGGGAAAAAAAAAAACAGCCUCGAGCCACAAAUGGACACCCCUGCUUUCAGUUUCGGACAUACAGCGGGGAAAUAAGUAUCUGAUCCCAUGCUGAUUCUGUACGUUUACCCUCUUCCAAACACACAAACACAUCCAAAUAACAUGAAAUACAGUAAAGUCAUUCGUAUUAGAUGGAGGUGAAUAAGUAUUUGAUCCCCUACCAAGCAUCGUGGCCCCCACAGAGCUGUCACGUGUCCAUGAAACGCACAAACGGGCCCCGUCCCUUUAAGAAAGUACUCCUAAUCUCACCUCCAUGAUGUGGAUUAAAGACACUCUCUUCCAUUCAAACCUCUCCACCAGCACGGGCAAGACCAAAGAGCUCACCUCAGGCACAAGAUGAAUGGGAGAGAUCCAAGAUAAUAAUCACUCACCCUGUGUCUGGAGCUCCAUGCGACAUUCCACCUGUAAAUGGACGAUUGCGUGCAGCCCGCAAUCGCAAGGGAGGAGCUGGUUGGCAGGUUGACGAUGUCAGGGGAGUUGGGAGCCGACGAGGCUUUCCCCACCAUCCCCACCAGCUGCUAAAAUGACUUACCUCUCUUGCAUCCAACACUCAUUCAAUUCAUAAGCUGUAGUUCAGAUUUGGACGUGAUGUUACGGUUCAUGUCUUUGCAUGGGGCUAAAAGGGGGAUCAAAUACUUAUUUCUGAUAGAAGGUGUGUAGAAAAGGGCCUUGGUCAUGUGAUACAUUCAUGUUGACCGUUGAGCGGUUGAGGAAGUCGCUGAAUAUGCCGUGUUAUUCGUCUUCAUGCAAAACCGUAUCUGCUCAUUUUCCACUUUCAAGCCGAGGUGAAAAUGUAUCUUUUGGGCAGCGCACUGUUUCCGGCUUUCUUAUCGCGUAUUUUUAUUUACGCGCCGAACAUAAACGGCUGAGCUGUGCGUUUUUCCACUCAAAAUAUUCUGAAAAUUCUAUCCAACCACAAGUUGGGUCGUUUUGGAAUGACCACUGACUUUCAUGGAGGUCGGUGGAGUUACUUUUGCUGUUGUCCGUGGCUUUGUGAGAGUUCAUGCUUUGACCCCGCUUGCAUGUCGCGUGUCUUAUGCUGGCAUUGAUUUUGGCUUUUAUCGGGUUAGAGUUUUGGGAGUUAAUGAUACCUUUUCCCUUGACCGCAAAAAAUGUUUGAAAAAAAAUGUUACUGACCUCCUGAAACCCGCAGGGUCAGUUUUUGCUUGCUUUUGUGUUUACAUUUAUAUUUCACCUUAAAAACUCUUUGAUCUUUCUUUGGUUGUUUUGUUUGUUCAGUCCAAGCUCACACGUGUGACUGUACGGUUCUUUUUUUCAACAAAGUUAAAUGUAGUGAAAUACAAUUACAGUGGAUCCUCGAUUAGCAUGGUUUUUGGCAAACGUGGAAAAUUUACGCCAAAAUUUUGCCUUGGUUUGCGUACUGUACAUUUUACUGUAUGUGUGUCAUGUUCAUGUAUUUUUAUCACAAAGCAUCCUUGUUAGCAUCCUUAUCCAUUAGCUUGCUAACAUGGGAAGCGCAAGUCAGCUCCGUCAACCGCCUUUGAUGUCAUUAGCGGUUGACUCUGUAGUUCUUUGCUAACGAACACAGCUAACAAGUCCCAAAACACCUUGUUAUCGUUUUACAUGCAUAAAACAAUUCUAAAUAAAUAGAAAUGAUGAAUGAAGGGGAUACAUGAACAUUUAAAGUUACUUUUACCUUCUCGAACAUGUGACAGAGACGUGACAGCGAGAUCAACACGGACACCACCUUCUUGUUUUGCUAUGAGCUACAGUAUUUCUUGAAGUCAAAAGAUUCUCACCAUCUUUAUGAAAAUGCUGCUACUUGCAACUUUCUUCGAUUCCAUUUUUGCUUAUUUUGCAGCCGCUUUCGAAAGAAAAGCAGAGACUUGAGGUGAGAAACAGUAUCGAAUUCAAGAAAUAACUCAUAGCAAAACACCAAGGUGGCGUCCGUCUCUUUGUCAACACGUCAUCGCAUCUUCAACGAACGUAAAAGUAACCUUAAAUGUUCAUUUAUCCCUUUCAGUCAUCAUUUAUGUGCAUUUAGAAUUGUUUUAUGCAUGUAAAACUAUACAAAUGUUUUGGCUCAACAUUUAUGGCUUUCCAGAACGGAUUAAUUGGAUUUACCUUAUUUCUUAUGGGAAAAAUGGAUUUGGUUAGAGUACGUUUUGGUUAGAGUCAGACCUGAUGAAUGAAUGAACCUCGCUAAGCAAGUUUCCACUGUAUUUACCUUCAGGCAGUUACAAUGUGUACUACUCACAUGUAUUGAACAUGUCGGACAGAAGCUCAAAUUAAGUUCACCUGUCAAGUUUAUAGAGUGGUACAUUUUAGGUUCAUCCUGAAAUGUAUCCGAAAUACCCCUAACUUCUUGUGAGUCGCAUACUGAGUCUGUACACAACAAAUAACGUGUUCCAUUCCAAAAAACGUGUUGUAGUGCAUGUCAGGAUGGAUGUACAGCAUAACGUGAAGAAACACGAAGGGCAAGCCAAGGUGAAGAGGCGAAGACGUGACGUGUUUCUCCGCCUCGCUCGUCCGGCCUUCCAGAGUCGGAAAAAAAAAAAUUAAAAAAAACUAUCUUUGAGGCCCAAAGUGCAAUUUUGCCCACCGAGUCCCCCCCCUCCCCUCCCCCACACAGAGCAUAAACUUGAGUCAAUUUGCUCUUUGCAGAUAUUGCAGGUAUCGUGCAUGUUGAACGAUACUACUUGCUUGCUGUGUUUUGUAUCGUCUUCUCUUUGUUUUCUCAUCUGUAAAAAGGAAAAAAAAAACACUGGUUUUUCAACUCCAAAGGUUCUAAAGAACAUAAACAAAACAUGCCUUGUUCACGGAUGGCUCAACUUUAUUUGUCAUUAUUAUGAUUGGUAGUGGUAGUAGUAGUAGUAGUAGUAGUAGUAGUAGUAGUAGUAGCAGUAGUAUUAAGAAGAACGCAACAAACGCUGGUAUCUUGUUGGAGUGAGAAUGCAGGCUGUGAAAAUGUCUCAACAAUAUCCAAAUGUUUACAGCUGUCACAUUUGACAACACCAUGUGGGAUAGGGUUAGGGACAGGGGAUAGGGGUUACGUUCAGGGGUUAGGGUUAGGGAUGGACUGAAUUUGACAGGUUUUAGACGGUGGAAGAAUGAAUUUCCUUGUCUCUGUUGGUGUGAAUACAUGAUGCAAGUGCCCCCCGCCCCACCCACCCAUAUACUGUACAUGCCUUAGAAGUUGCAGAGGCCAUAGUUUGCAUUGAAAGCGUGGAGUGAGCGUAUGCAGGGGCGCGGUCCCCACCCCCCAAGUCACUCGUACGGACUUCCUCACACUUAUCUACCUGUGAAAUCAUUCAUACCUCUCGAAACUGCUCAAUGACUGUAUCAGCAAACAGCAUCAGGUGUUUUUCUACACGUUUUCUUUUUUUUUGUUUGUUUUUCGUUUUUUAAUCAAAUGAUACGGACUCUUGUUUGUUAGCAAGUUUCGGUGCAUAACGUAAUCACUUUUAAGCUUGUAGUUCAAGUUGUUGUUUUUUCUAGUUUCGUGUCAAUACUGAGCAUUUAAAAUAGUUGUUUUGUGCUUAAUCUGUACCUCCUCUAUCAUUUUUCAUGGUCAAUGCCGUGGCAAUAAAUUUGACUUGAUAAAUUGUAAAUAUGAUUAUUGUGAAAACCUCUCUUUCAUUCAUUUUCAUUGAUAGUAUUAUAAAAAUGAUGUUUUUGUCUGGACACCAUUUCAUUUGAUGAAAUAAAGAAUAACAUAUCAAUGUGGUUCUUGUCGAUGUUCAUCCAACAUGCAACGCAAACUACACUCAGCAAAAAUAUCAAAUCUGUCUAAAUCUGUGAUCGUGAGCACUUCUCCUUUGCUGAGAUAAUCUAUCCCACCUCACAGGUGUGCCAUAUCAAGAUGCUGAUUCGACACCAUGAUUAGUGCACAGGUGCGCCUUGGACUGCCCACAAUAAAAGGCCACUUUGAAAUGUGCAGUUUUGUUUUAUUGACGGGGUGUUGCCUCAUGGAGUGCAACACAUCUCCUUGGCAUAGAGUUGAUCAGGUUGUGGAUUGUGGCCUGUGGAAUGUUG